CGAGAAUGUCUCCCUCUCUCUCUUCUCCAUCUGUGAAGAUGCCAUCCAAUUAAUCUGCCAUGGCAGUCAGAAAACCCCCCAUCCUCCCCUACCGACGGGGCUCGGACGCCUCCGAGGCCGACUUCUUCGACAUCCCCGACGAGCCGUGCUGGGCCAUCGUCAAACGACAACUCCGCCACUUGAAGCAACUCCGGACGUGGCUGGCCCUGUUCGCCCUUACUAUCCUGACCCUCUUCCUGCGCCGCGAGAAGCCGCCGCCGCCGCCCCUGCCGCACAUCGACUUCGACCGCGUCGACUGGUCGCGCUACGCCUAUAGCCAGUAUGCCACCUCGAGCCCAUACCUCUGCAACGCCCUGAUCGUGUUCGACACGCUGCAGCGCCUCGGCAGCCGGGCGCAACGCGUGCUCUUCUACCCUGAGAACUGGGACGUGCUGGUGGACGACACCCGCGACCGGGACAGCCAGCUGUUGACAAUGGCGCAGGAGAAAUAUAACGCCCUGCUAGUCCCAAUCGACGUCCAGAUGGUAAAAGCCGGAUCAGGCCCGAACGAGUCCUGGGACAAGAGUAUCUCGAAACUGCUUGCAUUUGGCGAGACGGAGUUUGACCGGGUCAUUCACAUUGACUCGGACGUGAGCGUACUGCAGAACAUGGACGAGCUAUUCUUCCUCCCCCACACCCAAGUCGCCAUGCCACGGGCAUACUGGAACCUGCCUGAAAAAAAACAGCUCUCGUCACUGCUGAUUGUGCUGGAACCGUCAUUCAAGGAAUGGUACGCGCUGAUGGACUCGGCGCGGGCGAUCGAGUACGGCCAGGUCGAAGCAAAUGUGAGCUCACGGUACAAGUACGAUAUGGAGCUGAUGAACGAGCGGUACGGGGACACGGCAAUGGUGUUGCCGCAUCGGCAGUACGGGCUGGUGUCGGGGGAGUUCCGGCGGGACGAGCACCGGGCGUUUCUGGGGAAUGAGUAUGAGGAGUGGGAUCCUGAAAAGGCGCUUGCGGAGGCCAAGCUGGUGCAUUUCUCAGACUGGCCGCUGCCGAAGCCUUGGGUCAUGUGGCCGCAGGAGCUGAUUGCCGAUAUGCUCCCCAAGUGCAAGGUCAAGCCGGGGACGCCGCACGAGAGCGGGUGCAAAGAUCGGGAGAUCUGGAAGAAGCUGUAUGAUGAUUUCCGGCGGCGGAGGAGGGAUAUAUGCAAGCUGCUGAGCUACCCGGCCCCGAACUGGCCGCCGCGGGAUAAAAACUCGCCGGCCGAGGCCGAGGCUGCAGAGGGGGCCCCCGUGGCCCCCCAGGUGGCCACUCCAGCGACUCCGGUUGAGAUUCCCGCGUGAUGGCAUAGCGUUAUGGCGUUCGGUGUGGUAUAUAUUAGGGAUGGCAAUGGGUAUGGGUGUAUUAUACGGGAGUAUGGGAUUGUAUAUGAAUUGUCCGUUAACAAGACAAGCCGUCAGCAGAGGCAGGCCUCUUUUGCUGGACUGUAGAUUGCAUGGUUGUUAGGCAUAGCGACUCCCUUGUCUCUGGUGGUCUGCCCAGAUACCCUGACCAAUAGCUAAAUAAACAAGUG